AUGUCCGGCUUGAGCGGUGCGGCGGCGCAGCCGGUGCACGAGAGCAGCCUCGGCGCCACGAGCGAGGCGUCCACCACGGACUCGGCGCCCAGCGCGGCAGGCAGCGGCACGGGCAGCGCGGUGAACAUGGUGGUGACGCGGCCGCACCAGUGGCUGUAUAAGGAGUACAAGCUGCUGGAGGAGAUUGGGUCGGGCGGCUUCGGGCGCGUGUGCAAGGCGCGGCGACUGGUGGACGGGCGGAUGGUGGUUGUGAAGGAGAUCAAAACUACUGCCCUCACGCCCAAGCAGAAGGCGCGCCGCCCGGCCCUGCGGCUGGCGGCGGCCGCAGGGUGCUCUGGCGCCCCGACGCCCGGCGCGGCCACUAUGGAUGAGGUCGAGGUUCUGGCUAAGAUGGACCACCCCAACAUCGUGCACUACCACGACUGCUUCAUGGACGAGGUUUACAUAAACAUUGUGAUGGAGUACUGCGAUGGCGGGGACCUGACACGCCUGAUCAAGGGGCGCAAGGAGAAGGGGGAGUUGCUGUCAGAGGAUGACAUUAUGGACAAGUUUGUGCAGGUGUGCCUGGCGCUCCAGUGCGUCCAUGCCAAGGGCAUCCUGCACCGCGAUCUCAAGCCCUCCAACGUGCUCGUCACAUCAGGGGGUCUGCUGAAAAUCGGCGACUUUGGGGUGUCCAAGAUAUCAAACCAGGGUGGGCGGGGGCGCACGAGCCCCGCGGGCGGGCGGGGCGCGAGCCCGCAGGGUCUGGGUCGGGCGCACGCGCCGCGCAAUGUCGGCGGCAGCGCAGCCGCAGACGGGAGCAUGGCGUCCACCAUUGUUGGCACGCCGCACUACCUCUCCCCUGAGAUGUGUGAUAACAAGCCCUACGGUCGCAAGAGCGACAUCUGGGCGCUGGGCUGCAUGCUCGUAGAGCUCUGCACCCUCCAGAAAGCCUUUGACAGCAGCAGCAUAUCCAAGAUCAUCCUGUCCAUCAUGGGCGGCAAGUACACACCGCUGCCGGACAGCUAUGGCAAGGAGCUUCGGGGGCUGGUGGCCGACCUGCUGCAGGUGGACCCCUCCACGAGGCCCUCUGUCAGCCAGAUCUUGCAGAAGCCGUACGUCAA